AAAAAAAAAGAAUAAUAAAAGUGAUAAAAGUAUCACUAAAGGAAGCUUAUGUUUACUGAUUGCAAACUAUGUUUAUUUCUCUGUGCAGGUAUAAUUUGACCUGAGAUUCUACCUUAGCAAGAAAGGAGUGGGAGAUACUCUUGGACAGAAAACUAAAAUAAUAAGAAAGCCAAAACUUAUUUUUACAUGGUUGUCAGCACAUUUACCGAUAUGGACACUUUUCCCAAUAAUUUGCCUCCUGGUGGAGACAGUGGAUUGACAGAUUCUCAGUCGGAGUUCCAGAAAAUGUUAAUUGAUGAAAGGUUACGAUGUGAGCAUCAUAAAGCUAAUUAUCAGACUCUGAAAGCCGAACAUACAAGGUUGCAGAAUGAAUAUGUAAAGUCACAAAAUGAACUCAAGCACCUGUUAAAUGAAAAGCAAAUUCACCAGGAAAAACUUCAGCUGCUGCUUCAAGAACUAAGAGAAGAGUUAGUAGAGAAAACUAAAGACUUAGAAGAAAUGAAACUGCAGAUAUUAACUCCACAAAAAUUGGAAUUGCUAAGAGCCCAAAUACAACAAGAAUUAGAAACUCCAAUGAGAGAACGUUUUCGGACUCUGGAUGAAGAGGUGGAAAAGUAUAGAGCUGUAUAUAAUAAGCUUCGCUAUGAACAUACAUUUCUGAAGUCAGAAUUUGAACACCAGAAGGAAGAGUUUGCACGUAUUUUAGAAGAAGAAAAAAUAAAAUAUCAAUCAGAGAUUGCAAGACUGGAGGAAGAUAAAGAAGAACUGCGUAACCAGCUGCUUAAUGUUGAUCUCACAAGAGACAGCAAAAGAGUGGAGCAACUUACUCGAGAAAAAGUCUGUUUGUGUCAAAAAUUAAAAGGUUUAGAGGCUGAAGUAGCAGAAUUAAGGGCUGAAAAGGAGAAUUCUGGCACUCAGGUAGAAAAUGUCCAAAGAAUACAGGUGCGGCAGUUGGCUGAGAUGCAGGCUACAGUCAGGUCCCUGGAGGCUGAAAAACAGUCAGCUAAGCUACGGGCAGAACACUUGGAAAAAGAGCUACAAUCAAGCAAUGAACAAAAUACCUGUUUAAUUAAUAAAUUGCAUAAAGCGGAACGAGAAAUAAAUACAUUGUCCAGUAAAGUAAAAGAACUUAAACAUUCAAACAAACUAGAAAUAACAGACAUCAAACUGGAGGCAGCAAGAGCUAAGAGUGAGCUAGAAAAAGAAAAGAAUAAGAUUCAAAGUGACCUGGAUGGACUACAGUCAGACAAUGAAAUUCUCAAAGCAGCUGUUGAACACCACAAAGUACUUUUAGUAGAAAAGGAUCGUGAAUUAAUACGUAAAGUACAAGCUGCCAAAGAAGAAGGUUAUCAAAAACUUGUGGUAUUGCAAGAUGAAAAGUUAGAACUUGAGAACAAAUUAGCAGAUUUGGAGAAAAUGAAAGUGGAACAUGAUGUCUGGAGGCAAUCUGAAAAAGAUCAGUAUGAAGAGAAAUUGCGGGCUUCACAGAUGGCAGAAGAGAUCACCAGGAAGGAACUUCAGAGUAUUAGGUUAAAACUUCAGCAACAAAUUGUGACUAUUGAAAAUGCAGAGAAGGAAAAAAAUGAAAAUUCUGACCUAAGACAGCAAAUGAGUAGUUUGCAGAUCCAAGUGACCUCACUUGCACAGUCAGAGAAUGACUUGCUGAACUCAAACCAAAUGCUGAAGGAAAUGGUGGAGAGGUUAAAACAAGAAUGCCGAAAUUUUAGAAGCCAAGCUGAAAAAGCGCAACUAGAAGCUGAAAAGACAUUAGAAGAGAAACAGAUACAGUGGUUGGAAGAAAAGCAUAAGCUUCAUGAGCGUAUCACAGACAGAGAAGAAAAGUAUAAUCAAGCUAAGGAGAAAUUGCAGCGAGCUGCAGUUGCCCAGAAAAAGAGAAAAUCUCUUCAUGAAAACAAAUUGAAAAGACUACGGGAGAAAGUAGAAGUCUUGGAGGCAAAGAAAGAAGAAUUGGAAACAGAAAAUCAGGUGUUAAAUAGACAAAAUGUUCCUUUUGAAGACUAUACCAGGCUUCAAAAAAGACUAAAAGAUAUACAGAGAAGACAUAAUGAAUUUCGAAGUCUAAUUUUGGUUCCUAACAUGCCUCCAACAGCAUCUAUCAAUCCUGUUAGCUUUCAGUCACCAGCCAUGGUUCCAAGCAUGGAACUACCAUUUCCUCCUCAUAUGCAGGAGGAACAACAUCAAAGGGAACUCUCUCUACUUCGCAAAAGACUAGAAGAACUGGAAACAACACAAAGAAAACAAUUGGAGGAACUUGGAUCUUCUGGAGAAUGAUGUUCUUGGAGAACAGGCAGAUCAAAAGAGGUGAAGUCGGUGACUCAGUAAAACUUGACGUUUUAACCUGUGGCAUUUAGAUACAUUUUACUGUUUGCCAAAACACUUGAAUGUGCCUCAAGAAAAGGUACCUACUACAUGCUGUAUUGCGUGACUAUCAUACAGAUUUUAGAAUUCUACAAGUGAAGCAUUAAAAGUCUCAGAUAUAUUUAGAAUAUUUGACAGUGGUUUGAUAAUGUAGAACAAUAUCAUUAAUUCCCUCUUCAAAAUGCUUGGCAAUAACUGGGUCCAUACACAUCUUCUGGUUUACUAUAUACAAAAAACUGUAGUUGAAAAAAGAUGACAAUUUAAAAGUCAGCAUAAAGAAUGUAAAGGUAUCUAUAUACAUUACAGAAGGCUACCUUUUCUAAAAGCUGUGUGCACAUAAUUAAAGAGCUUAAAUAUUUUAAUCUA